UUUAAAGAUUAACUUUAAUUUUUUUUAACAACAUUUUCUUUAAACUUUAAAAGACUUUAGUUAUCAUAGCUGAUAAUGAAACCGGGUCCGCACGCGAUGAUGAGAAAAAGAGUGAGAGGGACAAGAAAACGGCGGGACUUUGCAGCUGAAGAAGAAGAAGCCCAAGCAGCACGCAAGUGUUUUCAACAUCAAUUAAGAAGUCUAGACUUCUUCAGCAGUUUCCGCAAACAAAUAACCAAAUGGCAAAGUUUAGCAGUUUCAUUUACUUGUGUCAGAUAUUUUAGAGUACCACUUUGUUGUCUCUAUUUUGUGGAAAAAAUCAAAACCUGUUGCCCAGCGGUCUUUUACCUCAUCUUCCCCCACAACAGAAUUGCAAGCAAAGUGAGUGAAACGACUUCGCAACGAAGUCAACAAGGUGUAACAGCAUCUUGGCUAUUGUUUUCUAUCAAAUUGUCAGCGAAUCCUGCCCUGUUUCAGACCUUUUAUAAAACACCCUACGCGCAACCAGCGCCAUUGACACAACAACUGUUAUGGUGGCCGUACAAUGUUUUAUAUCAUUUUUUUUUUUAAUAAAUAAAUAAUGUGCGUUUUUAUGAAUACGUAUGGAGUUUUGUGUGUGGUGAUAAGUCAAGUUGUAUGUAAUCCAGUGAUGAAUAAUUUCAACACGAGUCUUAGAGAGUUUUCUGCGCCCGAGGAUAAUAUUACUUCGACGGGCGCGGUCCGAACGCUGCAGAAAGAGGAAUUUGAGAGGUACGCCAAUUUCGCUCCCGUCCGGACUCCUAUCAAAUUCAAAGAAAUACCGGACAAUACCCUUUCUUCGAGUGCACAUCAAAGCCGAGGGCUACUGCAUCAUGAGCAUAAUGCCUACGGACUAGACUACGAUGACAACCAACACUACGACCACGGGAUAGAUUACCAUCUCCACGACGCCCAUCUCCACGACCAUCACCACUUAGAUCACAGCUAUGGGCUUCUGGGAUAUGGGCUACAUGGCCAUGGUCUGCAUGAUCACCAUCUCAAUGGGCAUCACGGUCAUCAUCAUGAUGAUCAUCACGAGACACAUCUGUAUCACGGAGAUCACGGGCACGAUCACCACAAGCAUCUGGCUCAUGCAUUGGCAGCAAAAACAGUUCUGUGGCCAAUAGCUGGUAUUGCCUUAUUGGGAGCAGCAGCCGCAUUGGUCACAAAUCCUGUUCUCCUGCAAUUGGGAGUAGUGUCGGGACGGCGAAAGCGGGAGACGCAAGGAACUGUGGAUAUUGAUUCAUACUCUCUUAACAAAUGGUUGACUAAAAAUCCAAUGGUGAUCGCAAGAAAAAUCAACGAGAAAUCAGAAAAGAGAAUUGAAGAUGAAAAUAAUUUUGAAGCAAAACCGGUUGAUAUAGACACACGCAACGAUAAGCAAAAUUAUAAAAGAAAUACAAAGGUUGAAAAAAGAGGCGAUAUUUUAAAACGACAUCGAGAAACAAGAGUGUUAAAUGUUAACACACGCAAGAUAUUUCGAAAACCUUCAGCUCCGUCAGCGAAUCCUGUUUAUGUCAAUCAAUCAGAUCUUCCAAGAACAGAAUCGGAUGAGGAUAAACAUUACAUAGCUAUUCCUCUACUUACUAACAGCUAACUUUGAAUUAGUCGUAUAAAUGCAUAUUUUGAAGUUGAAUGAAUUGUCUAAACUGUUGGUGCGUUCGGUAAUUAGUCUAUUUACAAAUAAAUUAACUAUUCAAUUUCA